AUGGUGGCUGAAUCACAAGAUAAGGCUCUGGAGUUGUUUGCAACCAAGACGGUUGAUGCUCAUUUCCAGCUUGACCUUAACCGAUGCUCCUCUCCCGUUGAUGCUAGGAGUCCACCACCCAUGAACCAAGAAGAAGCCACGGAAUCUCCCAUUAUCCAAGAAGCACCGUUGGAGAAGGAGUAUGACGAUCAUGAUGAUGGUGACAAUGAUGUGAAGAUGAAUUACAACAAUGUUGGUGAUUUGGACGCAUACUUGACGCAAGAGGACAUGGACCACUCCAUUCCUUAUUCCCGAUAUUAUGCAUCGUACUCGGAUGAUGAUGGUCCCGAUGAACAAGUUGAUGAGGAUGGCUUGAUGGCUAAUGAAGCCGAAAGAGCCGACAUCUUCAAGAAGGUAACUAGACAGGAUAUUCGGAUACCGUUGUUCCAAGAUGUUAGUCUUGCGGAUGGGGUCGUGGUUGAUGGUGGCAAGAGUUUGGUUCUUGGAGCUAGGCCAAUUUCCAAGCGGGAUGUGGAUGCCAGGACGAAUGUGAUAGUUAAAGGGUUGACGUUCGAUACAUUCUUGGAAUUGAAGGUAGAGGGUGCACCGCCUCGUGUUCCAUCGGAUGUGAAUAUGUCUGAAGCCCCUGGUGAGAGUGGAGAUGAUGAUCCUCAAGCAAAUGGGCAAGAGAAGAAAGCUGAGUCUGAUCGCAAUGCAAAAAGGACUAAAAAUGUUGAGGAAAAAGAUGGUGCACAGGGUGGAGAUAUGUCUGCACCGAAGUCAAGUACUACUGCUGCUGGGUUGAAUGUAAUGAAUUGCAUUUCGCCACAUGUAGCAAGUGAGGUCGCGGAUGUUGUUGGCGAGUGUAUGCCGACACCCGAUGCUGUUCACUCGCCUGGUGUUCAGGUUGAUUGGACAAAGAAUGGAGACGGAGAUAUUGGCUGCGAGCUGCCAGGGCGCACAUCACUUUUGUAUGGCGAUGCUGUUUCCAGGCAUGCAGGGAAGUGUCUGGAUGUCCCAGCAGUUCAGGUGCUGCAGGCGUCUGUGCCUGUCCCCAGUCCUAUCGGCUCGCCGGCGAGGUUGGAAGGCGGCCCAGGUGUUGGGCGGCCCGGCACGUCAUCGAGGCCUGUUUGCGGCCCAGGGACGGAGCGGCCCAAUUUGCAUGGUACGCCAGCUCCCAUGCGAUGCACGCCCAGGAUUGCGACGUCGAUCGCGGAAGCUCAGGUGAUUGCAUCACCUAUUUUGGAUGGCUCGAAUAUGAAUCUUAACAUUCAGAAUUUUGAUAAAAACAAUGGUGUUCAGGGUGGUCUGACGGUUGGGGGUACGCCUCGUGAUAUGCACAAGGGGCUGCCAAGGACUUCACCAUACACUCAAGAGCAAAUCAUUGCGUUUGGAGGAAUUAAGGAGGAGAAGAUGCGAGGCGUGAGGUCGAGUGGAAGACUUCGCGCCCAGCCUAAUUCCGACGUCCCGCUACUGGAACGAGCAAUGAUGCUAGCGGAGAAGCGCGCGGAGAUGCCGGCGAUUGUGCUAUAUCUUUGGGAGUUUCGUUGGGACAAUCUCAUUCUGAGUGUAUUAAAGCGGCUGCACUACUAA